AUGGGAGACUCUGGGAUAAGCAAAUAUGAUCUAGCGUGAUUGCAGGCUGAACUCGAACAGGAGAGAGAGCUCAAAGAGAUGCUGAAAGAAUCUGUUUGUGACCUGAGAGGCACCUUGGCUGAUUUAGAAGAGCGAGUGAACAGAGUGGACAGUGAAGGGAAUGAAUGGAGAACCAGAUAUGAGACCCAGUUGGAGCUUAACAGACAGCUGGAGAGACAAAUUGGAGUUGUACAGGAGCGGCUGGAGAGCCUACGUGGAAAUCCUAUGGAUCAACUGGCUUCAGUUCGUUCAUAUGAUGACAUGACAGUGGACACUUUGAAACACCAACUUAAACUUCUGAGCACCAAAAAGAGUAGCUUCCAAAGUCAACUUCUGGAAUCCCACCUGAGAAUUGAACAAGAAGGAAAGGCAUACCAAAAGGCCUAUGAUGAGAGGCGAGCUUAUCUUUCAGAGAUUGCAAAGGUCUCCUCUGCUUUUGAUUGGUCAAGAAAGCAGCAGUUGUCUCAGUCCCAAAAAACUGUCCAUAGUCCAGCAAAAGGUGCUCCAGUGACGUUGAGGCAUGACUUAAAGGGAAAGAAAAGUGUAGCCAGUACAGUCACGCAGACUCGACUGCCGAGAUUAAAGCGCUGA